AUGCCCUUAGGUGUGCCUCUAAGAAAGUACCUCUUCAUUGUGUCCACUUCCUUUUUAUGCAUGGCUAUGGGCUCAUGUUGUGUGCAUUUAAUUAUGAAACCAGAAAUGAAAAAAUAUAAUAUUUCUAAGAAUUUAGAAAGUAGAAAUAAUGCCAUUCAGGAGGUUCAACAGGAAAUACUACGGAAGAAAACAUUAUAA